CGGAAGAGCACUGACUGCGGGCGGUUGCACGUGACGUUUGAUGCUUAAACUGGUGGAAAAAAUCUGUCUGCGGAGAGUUGACGCUGAGAACACACAAUUACACGAAGUCGACCUUGUGUAAAAUGUUUGAAGACAUAAAAAAAUUCACUCCAUUCGACAAAGGCAUCAAGUUGGUGUCAAGACCAAGCGAUCUCGAUGACACUGACGAUAACCCGAGUGUUUUGAGAGCUGAAUUAUCCUGUGGUCAUGUCACUGAUCCACAGACACUGACUGACUGUUGCAAAACUCAGCUGAACCAUGGACAGACUGAGUUCAAAUGUCCGCUGUGCAGGAAAAAAUGGCCAUAUGAUGAAGUCAGAAAACUGGCAAAACUUACAAUUGAAGAGCAAUUGAGUUUUGAGGAGCAGCUUGGGACAAAUACUGUUAAAAAGAUAGUCGACUUCAGGGAUUGUCCUGGUUGUGGCAGCUUCAUUGAAAGGUCAGAUGUUUCCAAUCUCUGCGUGGAGUGCUCGGUUUGCACAGUAAAGAAUGGACGAAUCUUUGAGUUCUGCUGGCAGUGUGAGAGACAGUGGAAAGGACCUCGACCUCGUGGUGAUCAGUGUGGGAAUGUGGGAUGCAGAAGUGCUGACCAGGACCUGCUGAGGACCUGUCCAACGAUCUCUUUACCAUCUGUUGUAUAUAAGGGCUCUGAUGUUCAUGUUCAGUGUCCAGCCAUUCGUGCCUGUCCAUUUUGUGGUGUGCUGAUUGAACAUAAUGAGGGAUGUAAAAUCAUGUCAUGUCCUGAAUGUAAGACAGAGUUUUGCUUUGCUUGUUUGAAAUCUGCCCAUGAGUGCUUAAAAACAUCUACUCAUUUAAUUCCAUGUUCAGCUGGUGUCGCACCAAGACAAAUAACAACAGUGGUGUUUGCUUUAAGACUACACAGAAACAUGGUUUCCCUUAAAUUUUAAACAAAAAAUUAGUCUCUGUUUCCAUUUCCAUUUAUUCAUUUAGCAGCAGGGGCAUUUCCUCUGAGGAGGUGUCUCCGCAAAAAAAAAAAAAAGGAUGAUAAUCAGUAAUCAGUAAAAAUAAUCAAUAUUACCCAAAUAUAAGAGCGUAAAUUUAAUAAUAAAAUGUGACAUAAAAAAGUGUAAAAGUCACAAGUUUUUUAAAGUAACUGUCCAACAGUGGCUCCUCUGAGCCCAUUGAGUUUUAACAGAACCCCUAAAGUGCGGUGUGUUUAGUGGGGGGGAUGUGCGAAUAUUAAUUGUGCACAUUUUCAUUGCCCUGAAUGAAGACAUUGAUGGCAUUAAUGGAAGACUAAUUCUUAAUAAUAAAGUAAACAAACUCAGCCAUUUAUCACCACUUUAUGUUACGUCAAAAUCAAAUGUGAAAUGGCCUGAAAACAUGAUGACUGGGGGGGUUUAGUGAGCAAUUAAUGAUCCAUCUUUGUGCCUGUGAGCAGUGUUUAUUGAGCUUGAUGACUGAUGAAAAUAAAUUGAGUAUUAAAAAGAA